UGGAAGACAAGGGAAGGAAUAUAGUUGUUAGCAUCGCUAUUAGAGCACCUAAUUGCCUUAGUCGUUCUUGCGGCCGUUGGGGUCGGUGAGAAACUUGGCGUACAGCAGGUUGUCGCGGCUGGCGUCGAUCGAUCCCAUCACCGUCACGGCGAAGAACGCGAUGCUGACGAGCAGCACCGAGGUCCACAGAAUGACUUGGUACUCUGCGAUGUUGUCCAUCGUAAGCGGGGUUGGUAGGGUCCCGUUGGUCCCGUUCGCAGCAAGGGCGACCCCGUUCUGAGACAGCUGGCGGACUAACGCUGUCAGUUCCUUUGGGUCGACUUGAAUCGACCGAGAAAGUUUCACAAUCUGAAAGCCCACUUGGCCAUACUUCGCCUUCAACGCCGCUUGAAACUCUUCUACGGAGGAUUGAAUAGCGGAUUGGGCCGACGCUUGCUUGGAGGGAUCCAACGCGGAGAGGUCGGCGAUGGACGCAACGAAGAUGCCCUUUGUGUGAGCUUCGCGAGGGUGAGUCUGGAGGGUCUCCACGAUGCGAUGGACGUUGGCCAAUUCUUGAACAAACUUCGUGUCCGCGUCGUUUUCUCGGUCGAGCAGGUCAAGGGAGCUCCAAAUGCCAUCUUCCUUCGACGAAGACGCAGGAAUGGCGGCCAGGAGCGCCUCGUUCGUCAAGCUGCACAAUUCCCCGAUGCAGGCGACGACGUUGUCGGCGUGCUUCUGCUUGAGCCCUUCCGCCAUGGCAUUCACGAGAUGCGGCAAUUGACUCAGCGAUGCUUCUUGGAGAUUCACGGUCUUCUGGAAUGCGUAGUCGCCCUUGUCCACAUUUACGUCGGUCGCGACGUUUUCCAAAACGAUGAAACCAAACGCGUUGGUGUGCGCAAACAAGUCGGCGACGACGGGGAAUUGGUCCGUUUGACUGACGACGGCUAGAGGUAGGGCGAGCGAUGCCAUGGCAAGGCGCGUGAGAGACAUGGUGCUGGCAUCGGCGGAGGAUUUAACCUCCGAUCCCUUCACCAGGUUGGACUCGCUGAACUUGAUCAAGACCUCGGACGACGAGACGAGGGCGGCAAGCGCCAUAAGGAGGGCCGUGGGUUUCAUCAUUGGGCUCACUUCGAAAU